AUUUACAGAAUACAGAGACCUAUGCUCUUGCUCUUCGUCUCCUCUUUCCCCUCGCUUCUGGCCUUGCCCCACUUGUACGGACGACACUAACGGUAGCUUAGCGCCGGAAUUUGAGCUGGGUUUCUUAUUUUCUGUAUCUGGUUCUUUAUAGUUCUUCGGAACAAAUAAAAUACAUAAACCAAAUUGUAAAGUAAAGCGAAAGAUGGGAAAGAUAAGUUAUAAGAGGUUAAAAGGCAGCCAAAACCUCCGUCAAAGACUAGUUUUAUCGACUCUCUCUGCCACUCCUCUUCUUAUCGAAGACAUUCGUGCCGACGACACGCUGCCAGGCCUCCGCUCCCACGAGGUCUCCUUCCUCCGUCUACUUGAGAGAAUUUCUGAUGACUGCCACAUUGAAAUUAAUGAAACUGGUACCAAGUUUAAAUACAAGCCUGGGAUUGUAAUGGGUGGAAAACAUCAUGUUCAUGACUGUGGUGUUAGUCGUUCAGUUGGGUAUUUCUUGGAACCCCUGAUUGUUCUUGCUUUGUUUGCUAAGAAACCCCUUGAGAUAAGACUCAGAGGGAUAACAAAUGAUUCUAAGGAUCCAUGUGUUGACACUUUUCGCUCUACUACCUUAUCUAUGUUGAAGCGAUUUGGAGUUCCUUCAGAAGGAUUAGGGUUGAAAAUAGAGAGUCGUGGAUCUCCACCUCAUGGUGGUGGCGAAGUUGUUUUAUCAGUUCCUAUUGUUCAAAGUCUACAGGCAGUCACCUGGACUGAUGAGGGAAUGAUUAAGAGGAUCAGAGGGGUUACUUACUCGACUAGAGUGUCCUCUCAGUUUGAAAAUACUAUGAUACAUGCUGCCCGCGGAAUCUUUAAUCAUUUGCUUCCUGAUGUUCACAUUUUUACUGAUCAUAAAGCUGGUCCACAGGCUGGAAAUUCACCUGGUUACGGGAUUUCCUUGGUUGCUGAAACUACUUCUGGUUGCUUCCUCUCUGCUGAUACUGCGAUUUCUUAUGCACGAGGGGAUGAUAUAGGAGAGAUGGAAGAUGAAAAGAAGGAUUUGAUGCCUCCAGAAGAUGUUGGUGAGCAGAUUGCUUCAGUUCUGCUUGAAGAGGUUGAGCAGGGUGGAGUUGUAGAUUCGACCCACCAGGCGUUAUUAUUUCUUCUCUGUGCAUUAUGUCCGCAAGAUGUAUCAAAGAUUCGUGUCGGGAAGCUCUCACCCUACGGAAUUGAAACUCUCAGAAGUAUCAGAGAUUUUCUGGGGGUUAAGUUUGUUAUCAAGCCAGAUCCAUCAACCGGGACAGUUAUACUCAAAUGUGUGGGAUGUGGUUUGAAGAAUCUUUCUAGGAAGAGCUCAUAAUGACAAUCAGUAACAAUAUGAAAUGAAUGGCAGAGAAUGGGGUUGUUCAUUUUUUCCAAAUUCUUGUCAAAGGGCUCAAUGCAGAGGUGAACACUUGCAGCUUCAUGCAAUCGGUCAACUUCAAAUUUUGAUAUUGCGGCAACCUUUGAUCACAUAGAGGUGAUUUAUAUUGUUAAGACCUUAUAUUUCAUAGAUCAGUUCUAUAACCUUAUUGUUGGUAGAUCAGUUCAAUUUUUAGGGACAAGCCAUUUGAGACUGUAUACAUAUCCUGCUAAGUCACUCGAUGUAAACCUGGUUGUCCAGUGAGAAAUUCUGAGAUUUAGUUGUCAAAGGAAACAAGAAACAUGUUGAGAUGCUUGCUUGA